CUUGGUGACCUUCGAGUGACCUCGUGUUGCGUGCUCGCCGCACCACGAUUUUUACGAUUUUUAUCAAAUUGCUUCAAAAUGGGUGCCGAUGAAAGUAAAGUGCGAGAUAUAACAAUAGAAAGGGUAGACGACCAAGAUGGGAAUAUAGGUGUCAUAAAGAUAACAGAUUCUGUGCUAAGAAGGUUAACAGGACAACCAGAAGUAGAAAAAGAUACGAGUUCAAGAUUAGGGAUUGAUGAUGGUGUUUCAGCAGAAAGUGCAUCAAAAGAAGCUGUUUCAAAAGAGACAAAAGCAUACAUAGAAAAAUUAGAAAAGGAGUUAGACACAUGUUACAGUGAAUUUGAUGAUGCAGCGAACAAAUUAAAGGAAGGGGAAAUAUGCAUUCCAUGUGAUUUAGCACAUGCGUUCUUUACCAGUAUGAAAGAAAGUGAUAAAAAAUUAAUAGAGCUUAGACCAAAGACGGCUAAAGUUGCCUCUCCUGUUUGUCAAGAUUUAGAAGAAAAAGUUUUACAGUGUUACCGUGACAACCCCAAUGCCACCGUGCUGUGUUCAGAAGUAGUAAAAGACUUCAGGAGCUGUGUAGAGAAAACUAAGAAGAAACUUCAAAUGCCAAAACCAGAUUCCAAAGAAGGAUGACAAGGCAUUUUCUGUAGACCAUAGACAAUGUACAUGGAGAGGACAAGUUACAUAAUAAAAAAGAACACCUAAAAGCAUGUUGUAGAUUUUAUGCUGGAUUGCACUGCUUUUUGUUUACAAAAGUGAGGACAAGCGGGGAAAAAAAAAUGGCUAAAAAGUCUGUAUUGAUUAUCUUUUAAGGAGAUUUUCAGCAACUUAAUUAGAGUUAAUAUUUACAAAACUGUUGCAAGGAAUGAAGACAAUUUCUCUAGAUACUGCAAUUUUAGCUGCUGAGAUAUGGAGAAUACUGCCUGGGAGAAGAAAAGUGAUUUCAGAAAGAUAAAAGAACUUUUCUACGGCACGCACGUUGGCAAGGAAAAAAAUGCAUGAAGAAACUGAAAAUCUGACUUUCAUUUUUUGCAGUGUCUUAAUAGGUAUAAGGCGCAUAUACCUGUACUGUAAUUACUGGAUUGUGAAGAAAAUGAGAUAUGAAAUAAAAAUCUGUUCACUUUAUAAGGAUAA